GAGUGUAUGUGUGUGUGUGUGAUUGGGGGGGCAACGAUGGCUCCAGCCUCUCAUGAUGGACGCAGGGCUCCACGUCACACAAAGGGGCUCAGCGCGCUAUAAAGCCGGAUGCGGGAGGCGUGCGGCGCUCUCAGCCCUGCUCUCUCUCUCUCUCUCUCUCUCUCUCUCUCUCUGCUCGCUCGCCCUCCCUCCGCCUGCCUCUGCCUCCUGUGGAUCGCGGCGAGCAUGAGAGGACGCCACUGAGUGGACAUUCACGCAGGACUCCUGGACACCGGUGACCUGCGCCUGAGCGCUCUGCCUCAGACUUCUGCUCGUUUCCACAGGCCUACACAGCAUGACCAGGAAGGUGUUCACCAACACGCGGGAGCGCUGGCGCCAGCACAACGUCAACACCGCCUUCGCCGAGCUCCGCAAGCUGAUCCCCACCCACCCGCCCGAGAAGAAGCUCAGCAAGAACGAGAUCCUGCGGCUGGCCAUGCGCUACAUCAACUUCCUGGUGCAGCUGCUGCAGAGCCAGAGCGGGCAGCCGGCCGCCCACUCGCCCGCCGCCCUGCUGUCCUUCCUGCGGGGCAACAUGGAGCGGCUGGGCUCGCCCCCCCCCGCCUGGACCAGCGACACCGAGGCGCCGUCGCCCGGGUCAGAGGUCGCCCUGGAGUCAAACCCUGUCCAGUUGACCAAUGUGCAGAUGGACUUUUCUGCUUCUGCGUGCGGCAUUUAA